UCUGACAGCAGACUUUUGACAACGCACUAGUUGGUGGUGUGUUGUGUUUAGAUUUUCAUCAAUUUACUAAACAAAUUUAGAAGCAGAGGGACAUCAAUGCUGAUAAAAUGAAGAACCGAUUCAAUACCUACGAUAUAGUAUGCAUGGUGACGGAGUUGCAGAGGUUGGUUGGCAUGAGAGUGAACCAAGUGUACGACAUAGACAACAAGUCGUACCUGAUCCGGCUGCAGCGCUCGGAGGAGAAGGCCGUGCUGCUGCUGGAGUCCGGCAGCCGCUUCCAUACCACACAGUUUGAGUGGCCCAAGAAUGUUGCUCCCUCUGGGUUUACUAUGAAGCUCCGCAAACAUCUCAAGAACAAGCGUCUAGAGAAGCUAGUCCAGCUAGGCGUGGACCGCGUAGUGGACCUGCAGUUUGGCAGCGGCGAGGCGGCCUACCACGUCAUACUGGAGCUGUAUGAUAGGGGCAACAUUGUGCUCACUGAUCACGAGCUUACCAUAUUGAAUGUGCUAAGGCCGCAUGUGGAAGGGGAUAAAGUUAGGUUUGCAGUAAAAGAAAAGUACCCGCUAGACCGCGCCAAGACGAGCUGCGAGCCGCCGCUCGGGGACGCGCUGCGGCAGAUUCUGGCCGGCAGCAAGCCUGGAGACAACCUGAAGAAGAUACUCAACCCUAAUGUUGAAUACGGCCCAGCGAUCAUAGACCACGUGCUCCUAGAGCAAGGCCUGGCCGGGAACCUCAAACUGGCCAGAGACAACAAGCCAGGGCUUCAGCUGGAGGAUACUCUGCCUCGUCUAGAGGAGGCGCUGAGGCAAGCGCAGCUGCUGAUUGAUAGAGCCAGGAGUGAGGUCCAUAAGGGCUACAUAACCCAGAAGAAGGAGGAGCGACCAAGCCCCGACGGCGAGGCACCCAGCUACCUGCUCACCAACCAGGAGUUCCAUCCAAAGUUGUUCAGCCAACACAAGGACCUGCCGAUAGUUGAGUUCGACAGCUUCGAUAGAGCUGUGGAUGAAUUCUUCUCGGCUUUGGAGGGACAGAAAAUUGAUAUUAAGACAAUCCAACUAGAACGCGAAGCCAUGAAGAAGCUAACCAACGUGCGACAGGACCACGUCAAAAGAGUCUCCGAGCUAGAAAGCACCCAACUGAAAGACAAACAACGCGCUGAGCUCAUAGCCAGGAACGAAGCGUUGGUGGAACACGCCAGGAGGGCCGUGCAGACCGCGCUAGCUGACCAGAUGUCCUGGGACGACAUCCAACUGCUAGUUAAAACGGCCCAAGAGAACCAGGACCCCAUAGCAUCGUGCAUCACCAAGUUGAAGCUGGACAUCAACCACAUCAGUCUGUCUCUGUCUGACCCGUACGACGACGGCGAGGGGGAGGGAGAGAGCUUGCCGCCCAUGACUGUUGAUAUUGAUCUGUCGUUGACUGCGUUCGCUAAUGCUAGGAGAUACUACGACCAAAAGCGUUCAGCGGCGAAAAAGCAGCAGAAAACCCUGGAGUCCCAGAACAAAGCGCUCAAGUCGGCAGAACGGAAGACCAAACAGACCCUCAAGGAGGCCCAGACCAUCAGCAACAUCAGUAAAGCACGCAAGACUUACUGGUUCGAGAAGUUCUACUGGUUUAUCUCUUCGGAUAAUUACUUGAUAAUAGCGGGUCGCGACCAGCAGCAGAACGAGCUGCUAGUGAAGCGCUACAUGCGAGCUGGAGACAUCUACGUCCACGCUGAUGUCAGUGGAGCCUCUUCUGUCCUGGUGAAGCGAGCCGGGCUUUCCCCUCCACCUAGAGCCCUGCUUGAAGCGGGCCACGCGGCUGUUGCAUACAGUGUAGCGUGGGAAGCCAAGGUCCUAACCUCAGCGUGGUGGGUGCACGCUCACCAAGUGUCCAAGUCAGCGCCGACUGGAGAGUACCUCGCGACAGGAUCCUUCAUGAUCCGAGGGAAGAAGAACUUUUUACUGCCUCAACAUCUGCAGCUAGGCUUCGGGUUUAUGUUUAGGCUAGAAGACAGCUGCAUCGACCGGCACCGCGGGGAGCGGCGCGCCCCCGACGCCGCCAGUGACGCCAUCAGUGACGUCACGUCCAUGCAGGAUGUGGAUGAAGAGAUCCUCGUGUCUGAUGAUGAUGAGCCCUCAGAAAAAGACGACACAAAACCGCAGCCUCUUGAAGACAAACUGACAUCAAUAGCAGAAGAAACAACAAGGAUUGAAAUAAAAGAUGAAAAGAGUGAACAAGAGAGAGAAACAGAGAUAGAGUCACAGAAACAGGAGGGAGAGAACGAGAAAGAAGAUAAGUCUGAGUCGGACAGUGAUAGCUCUUCUGAGGAUGGCUUCCCUGAUACGCAUAUUAAGGUUGACCACGGCACAGGAAAAGUUAUAAUGCAAUCAAAGGCUAGAACAAUAUCUGAAGUAUCUGACAGAAGUGAAAGCACCGUUCAUUUAGAAGACGAAAAACCACUGACCUUCCCAGCGCUUCCAUCAAAGAAGGGAGGCAAGAAACAGAAUGAGAAAGGCGGUAGACAGAAGGAACAAGAACGAAAACAGAAGGAACUAGAACAGAAACAGAAAGAAACGUCCAAGAGAGGACAGAAGGGAAAGCUGAAGAAGAUAAAGGAGAAAUACAGGAACCAGGAUGAAGAUGAGAGGGCUAUGAGGUUGGAGAUGUUACAGUCAGCCAACUCAGCCAAAGAGCCCAAGAAGGCGCUCAAGAAGGGCGCCCCCGGGGGCGGCAAGUCGCGCGCCAAGGCGGCCAAGAUCCCGCAGCCGGCGCCCGUGCUGCUCGAGGCAGAGUCUGAUGCUGAGGAGCCGGAGGUGGAACUAGAGGCGGACUCCCAGGCCACAGACGCGGACACGGAGCUCCUGUCCCAGCUGACGGGCUGCCCGCUCGCGGACGACGAGCUGCUGUUCGCGGUGCCCGUCGUCGCGCCCUACUCCACGCUGACGAAUUAUAAAUUCAAAGUGAAGCUGACGCCCGGUACAAGCAAGCGAGGUAAAGCGGCUAAAACAGCCAUCCAAGUGUUUCUCAAGGACCCCAGCUGUUCAGCGCGAGAGAAAGACCUACUGAAGGCAGUCAAAGAAGAAGAUAUAGCAAGAAACUUCCCUGGAAAAGUCAAACUUUCCGCGCCAAAUCUGCAUAAGAAUAAGAAGUAAAUACUCUUUGGUUGAUGUGAACGUUGGACCAACGUUGCUUGGGUUUGUAAGAUGGUGCCGUGUCGUUUUUCAACGUUAUGAUAUUUUAUUAUAUUUGUUUGUAAGUUGAUUUUUAAAUUAGCUCUCAUUUUAGCAUUUGAGAUUUUGAGUUGUUGUCGCCCGUCCUAUCUAUUUAGGAAAUCUGUAAGUGUAAAUUUAAUCAAAUCGAUUUUGUAAUCAAAGUGGACGUUCAUUUGUUAAUAUUUUAUUUGAAGACUCAUGUGAUAUUAAUAAUUUAAUAAGUACAAUAGCACUUUUCUUUGUUGCGUUGAUGAAAUAAAUAAGGUGUAUAAAUACUA